AUGUCUUCCUCUUCCAGUUACUCUGGGGUGGAGCUCGGCUCCCAGGAUGCCUGGCUCACUCCAUGGGGGCUGGAGCAGCUAACCUGGCUGCCUGAGUUCUGGGCCCGUCCCAACCAGGCAGGGUUCGUAAUCCUACCUUGCACUACAUCCCGAUACGCCAGGAGUUCCCAGAUCCUGAAGGCCAGUACGUUGGCUUUCUACCCUCUGGUCAGCCUCGGCUGCCCCUCGACUGAACCUGGCAACAUGUGCAGCGACCACAUCUCCCUUGGGAACUCUCUCAAACUGAGAGCUGAGGUCUGCAGGCACAGGGACAGUCUUCAACUGUUCAAUUAA